GCACGGGGCCGGCAGGCGGCCGCCCUGGCGGGGAGGCGGAGGGAGCCGCGGGGGGCUCCAUGAGGGGCUGGGGCAACCCCCGGCCGGGCCUGCCCAGGCGGCUGGCUCCUCCCUGGGGGAAGGAGGGUGCGCUGGGGCCGCCUCCGCCGCCGCCCGCCGCGGCCGCCGCCGUGUGAGGGGGAGCGCGCAGCCCCGAGCGGCUGCGGGGCGCCAGGCCUGAGCCGGCGGGCGGCGACACCCGGCCCCCGCGACGGGGCCUGCUGGGCCCGGCCCGCCGGGCUCCCCGCCGGCAGCCACCAUGUUCUCUCUCAAGCAGCCCAAGCCCACCUUCAAGUCCUACCUUCUGCCGCUGCCUCAGGCUGAAGACCAUAUAGCUUCAGAACCAAGGAUUAAAAAACUGGAACCAGUACUUUUGCCAGGUGAAAUUGUGGUAAAUGAAGUAAAUUUUGUAAGAAAAUGCAUCGCAACAGACACAAGUCAAUAUGACCUGUGGGGCAAAUUGGUUUGCACUAACUUCAAGAUUUCCUUUAUUACGGAUGACCCGAUGCCACUACAGAAAUUCCAUUAUAAAAACCUCCUCCUUGGUGAACAUGAUGUCCCACUAACAUGCAUUGAGCAGAUUGUCACAGUGAAUGACACCAAGAGGAAGCAGAAGGUCCUUGGUCCCAACCAAAAACUUAAAUUUAAUCCAACUGAAUUAAUAAUUUAUUGCAAAGACUUCCGUAUUGUCAGAUUUCGUUUUGAUGAAGCGGGUCCCGAAAGUGCAAAAAAGGUGUGCCUUGCAAUAGCUCAUUAUUCUCAGCCAACGGAUCUCCAGCUUCUCUUUGCAUUUGAGUAUGUCGGGGAAAUGUAUCAUAAUCCAGCGAAGAAGGUGAAUGGAAUAGACCCAGGAGGAGGUGGCGGUGGCAUCGGCAGUGCCAGUGGCCAGCAGACACCUUUGUUUGAAACUUACUCUGAUUGGGAUAGAGAAAUCAAAAGGACAGGUGCAUCAGAGUGGAGAGUUUGUUCAGUCAAUGAAGGUUAUAUGAUAUCUACUUGCCUUCCAGAAUAUUUUGUGGUCCCGUCUUCCUUAGCAGAUCAAGACCUUAAGCUAUACUCCUACUCUUUUAUUGGGAGACGAAUGCCAUUAUGGUCCUGGAAUCACCCUAAUGGAAGUGCCCUUGUAAGAAUGGCCAACAUCAAAGACGUAUUGCAACAAAGGAGAAUUGAUCAAAGGAUUUGUAAUGCGAUAACUCGCAGCCAUCCCCUGAGAAGUGACGUUUACAAAUCUGAUCUGGACAAGUGUCUCCCCAACAUCCAGGAAAUCCAGGCUGCACAUAUCAAACUCAAACAGCUGUGUGUUAACGAGCCUUUUGAAGAAACUGAAGAGAAGUGGCUGUCCUCGCUGGAGAAUACUCGCUGGUUAGAGUAUAUCAGAUCAUUUCUUAAGCAUUCUGCUGAGCUUGUGUACAUGAUGGAGUGUAAGCACGUUUCUGUAGUUCUGCAAGAGGAAGAGGGACGGGACCUGAGCUGUCUUACUGCUUCUCUCAUUCAAGUCAUGCUGGAUCCCUAUUUCCGAACAAUCGUUGGAUUCCAAAGCUUAAUACAGAAGGAAUGGGUCAUGGCAGGAUAUCAGUUUUUAGAUAGGUGUAACCACUUAAAGAGAUCUGACAAAGAGUCUCCUUUGUUCUUGAUGUUUCUUGACUGUGUUUGGCAGCUGCUGGAACAAUACCCAGCAGCCUUCGAGUUUUCUGAAAUGUACUUGACCAUAUUGUACGACAGCGCACGCAUCUCACUGUUCGGCACCUUCCUUUUCAAUUGUCCUCACCAGCGAGUAAAGGAAAGCACUGAAUUUGCCAUAAGCAAAAAUAUUCAGCUGGGCGAUGAGAAAGGCCUCAGAUUUCCUUGUGUUUGGGACUGGUCUCUUCAGUUUACAAGCAGGGAUCGCCUGCUCUUUCACAACCCUUUCUAUGUUGGAAAGAGCGCACCAUGUGUACAAAAUGGAGCCGUGAAAACCUUUAAACGCUCAAAGAAAAACUACAGCUCCACACUGCGAGGUGUCCCCCCUGCAUUAAAAAACGGAAUCAUCAGUGAGCAAGAGUUCCUUCCAAGAAGAAACUCUCUGAUACUAAAACUGAAACCGGACUUUUUACAGCAAACGGAGAGUCAGAGUAACAGUAUGGAACAGUACUUCAGAGACUGGUUCGCAAAGCCAGUUGAUUUGCACGGCGUAAUUCUACCCCGUAUCUCUGGAACACAAAUAAAACUGUGGAAACUGUGCUACUUCCGCUGGGUUCCUGAGGCCCAGAUUAACCACGGUGGCUUCAUCACGGCUUUCCAUAAAGUUUCUUUGCUGGCAGAUGAAGUCGACAUGUUAAACCGGAAUCUUCGGCAGUACAAAAGCAACUCUUCUCUGCAAGGCAACUGCUCGGAACUGGAUCAAAGCAGGAUGUACUUCAGAGCAAACAGUUUAAAUGACACCUCUGCGGCCCCAGACUUUCUCUCCUCCUCCUUCCCGUUUUCUCCCGUAGGGAACCUGUGCAGGCGGAGCAUUCUGGGAACACCUUUAAGCAAAUUCUUAAGUGGUGCCAAAAUCUGGCUGUCCACUGAGACGCUUGCAAAUGAAGACUAAGACGAUGCGGCGGUUUAAAGGUUUGGGGAGAACACAGCAUAUCGUUUUGUCUUUUCUAAGUUAACACUGCUAAAUGCGGCAUUGAAAGCUGUAAUAAUUUUUAUAUACAAACAUUACGUAAGUUUUGCACAAAUAUUUAAAAGCAAAGCGAGUCAUGCUUCAAAUCGCACAAGUUUGUCUUCAGUAGUUCUCAUCUGCUAGGGUUUCUGGUCCCCGAUUCCUUCUGUAUUCUUGUGGUUUGGCUCAUUAUCUGUGAUGGAGCAUUUCAUUAGCUAAUUGAAGGGCUUGGUGUGGUCAUUAAUGAGGGUUCUGCUUGAAAUAUCUUUUCCCAGAUGGUGACUGAAGUGACUCUUGUGUCAGAACAGCUUGGCAAAUGGAAGUAGUUCGGUGCAGUGGACACAGACCGACAGCUGAAUCUGGGAACAAACUAUUUUACCAGAUCGCCUCUUCAGGAAGAAUACAUAUAUGCAUACGUACUUACAUACAUACAUACUAACGCUCUGUGACUUGAUCACCCUACAUAUGUGUUAAUGUAGUGUGUAUCCAGGAGGAGGGGGGACGUUUCCUUUUCUUUCUCUCCCAAAAAUGUAUUCAUUAACAAUUAGUCAGAUUUGUGCUCUUUGUCAUGAGCUUGACUUCAGACUAUAGGAACCAACUUCAGGACAAUGCACUGUUAACCUUAAAACAUUUACUGUAGAUACGGUGUUGUAGUAGCUUUAGAAGUGCCUUUACUUGGGAGGAAACAGUAGCAGAAUUACUCUAACGCAGCUGACUCCCCCCCAGCUUUUUACAGUCGAUUGUUACAGUAAGUUCUUCUUCCGCCCCCCACCUCCCCCUCUCUGCUUCUGGAAACAACAGGCAGCCAGCUCAAGAGACAGCAGGUUUUUCCUCUUUAGGGUUAAGCUUGUUUGUAAGUCUCGUGAUGAGCACCUCAGAUACUCAGCGUUAUAUCCCUGCACGGGUCCUGAUCCCUGCCGACCCUCUCCUCGUCCCGUUGCAGGAUGCAGCAGCUUUCAGCAGAAUUCAUCCUUAGCCCAGCUGGGUUCCAGAAAGGACUGUGCUCCCACUGGCCAAAUCCACGAGGGGUGUGAGCGCUGCCAUCGUCUGUACGCGGCUGCUGGAAGGAGAGCACUUAGUGGUGCCCUUUUUACACACAUGCGUGUCCAUAUGGACAAGCACUGCCUGAGGGAAUUAAAUCCAAGAGCCUCCCUCUGCUUAAUGCAGCAGCCUCCUCUUUGCUCUGAAACCUUUUAAAGAUGCCUCUCCCCUGGAUGCUGUGCCAGAAAAAGCCUCAGGUUUCACAGGGAGAAAAGCAAGAGAGUGAAGUGUACUGGGAGAGGGGGGGAAUCGUAACGUGUCAUGCGCCCAGGUUAAGGCUUCUGUCGACUGCAUUCUCUUAGCAGCGAGGCCGUAUUGGCUAUUGUCUGUAAAACACAAACGUGUGAACCAACACGGAGCCUCUGCUCAGGUGCCGGCUCACAAGUUAAGGCACCAAAGCCUUAUGUGAUGGACUAGAAGCUAUUCUUAGUUAUCGGGAGAGAAAAAAAAAAAACCCUGUAUGAUGAUAAUACACAGUAUAUUGGAGGUAUAAAAAGGCGGGGAGGGAUAGGAUUUGGAGCUCUUCAUUUGUUUGUAAAAGAAACUGGGCUUCGGCCCAGCCUAAAUCUGGGGUUUGGAUGUCUGAGGUUGUUCAAGUAUUUUAGAGAAUGUCGGUGCAGGCUCUGUGCCAGAGAACCCCAUCGCAUUCAGGACCCCGUUUUCCCAGGCUAAAACAGCCCGGAGCUGAGCAGGGGCUGUGCUGGGGGGCUGGUGGGGAGAAGCGGGCGGUUGCAUCGGGAAGGUGAGCUCAUGGGAGGUGGGUGACUUCCUUUUUAACUAACCAAACUCCCAAAAUCCUGGGUUUAUGCAAAGCAGCUGAGCGUGUGCGUGCUGCGCCUGCACACGGACACACACGCGUGUCGUGACCCAGUGCCAGACUGGCUCUGGUCAACUGUUUGUGAGGAAAAAACGUGUAUUCACCUUAAUUGCCUAAUUAUGCUGCAAGACGGUCUGAACAUGUUAAAUGGUCCACAAACUAGUUGUGUUUAUUUACAAGCUUGCUGGAGCAGUCAUCUACCUGGUUCAGUUCAUUAUUCAAAUGUUUGUAUUAGUUUGCUUUUGUGAUUUUUUUUUUUUUUUUUUUAAUUAGCUUACUGCUUUCCCUGGCCUGAUACUUGACAUAAAAGACCUCAACCUGUGUGCUUUGUGUCUUUUGGUACCAAUUUUUUUUCUUUUUAAAAUUACAGUUAAAACUAUGGUGUCUUUUUUUUUUUUUUUUUCUUCCUUAGAAGUGUAACUUUUUUGGUUUAAAGGUACCAAAAAAUGUGUAAAUAAAUUACUCCACACGGGCAGCUGGUGGAAUAAAAAAAAAUAAAAUUAAUGUUAGGCUAGUACCCUUUGGGGGAAAAAAUGGGUACUAUAUUUAAACAGGCUUGUCUUUUAUAAGGAGAUUUCAGACAUUUUUACAUUUCAGCUCUAAGAUGUGUACAGAUGCUGCAGAUGGUCUUUGUAUUUUAUAUAUAUAGCACGGGAGAGGGUUAAAAAUAAUAUGCCUUUAUAAGAAACAAAACCUGUCUAAAUAUCUGUUUGCCAAACAGACUUUAAAAUCACUUCUACACAGAUGAAGAAGGGGAGCUGGUGCUGAGUGCGGGAAGGGCCCCGGCCCCCUCGCCCUGGAAAAGCCGAGAAGGUUCCGCUCCCUGCGCACGGGGGCCGCGUCUGCCCGGGAGCUGGCACAACCGCUGUGUCUGUGCGUGUGCCUGCCUGCCUGGGGGUGGUGUUUCUUCCUCUUAAACAGCUUCGGGGUUUUUAAUUUACCUUUUAAAGACAGGUACUAAAUGUUAAUUUUGAAAUAUUCUCCACUCUGCACAGUUGCCUUAUUAAUAGUUAGUAGAGACUGCUCUGAACAUCUUCAAUAACUUUCAAAAGCAAUUUUGGGGUGCAAGUACGUAUCUUUAACUUCUGUGUACAGAAUACUGACAUACAAGUGUGUAUAUAUACGUGUGUGUGUGUGUAUAUAUAUGUACACAUUUUCAGAUUUUAAUUUCUGUUCACCAUUUAAAACAAGAUACUGUUAAGGCCAUUUUGGUGUUGUAGAAAACCUCCCAAGAAUCUUAUCUUUUUUUUUUGUCUGUUUCUAGAAAACAUGCACUAUUUUGGCUGUUAUUGGCUGUUAUAUCAUGACUUUUGUACUACACUGUAAACCACGGGGGGGAAAGAACGAACGCUGGUUGAUAGGGUUAAAGGGUACCUCCAUCAUCUUUAAUUACUGUGAGGUGGGGCGUAUUGUAGACCUGGCGAUCAUGGUAGUACAACUUUAUUCGCUAUUUACUGCCAUGUAUCAAAGAAAUUUCAUUCCAGAAAUGCAUUGAAAGUGUGUGUUUGUGUGUAUGUGUACCCAGGCCUGCACAUGUGUGUAAUGUGCACCUGCCUGCAAUACCACUUUGAUAUUAACUGCCUUGUAUUUUUGAAGAAAAUGUAGCAAGUGGGGCAAAGGUUUUGGCUUAUUCUCAGACGGAAAGACAUGAAAACCAAAAAAAUUCUAACAUAUAUUUAAGCAAAGGACGAGAUCUUAAAUUUGCCUCCAACGUAAGAGACAGGAAUCUGUACCUCAAAUUGCUCUAGGCAGUAGGUUUCUAAUGCUGUUGCUGUGAUGGUUUAGCGUUCACUAUUUCAACUGAAACUAAAACCUUUGUGCCUGGUAAUGAUUUAUUGAGUAAGUAGCAGUGCCAGGAAGAUUAUAAAAUCCUGAUGCUGAGUUGUGAAUGUGAAGUAAAUUAGACUAAAUAAAAGUUCAUACCUUUCCACAGCGAACUUCAGGUGGUUUUCUUUUGCUUCCUCUAACCAAAAAACACGGGAGGGUGUUUGGUUUUGUACAAGAAAAGCAGGGGGGGACACUGCGCUGUAGAAAGAUUAAUAAAAAGGAUGUGCAAAUCAUCUGAA